ACGAGGGAGCGUCGAAAGCGGCGCAGAAAGGCUCCGCUCGGCUUGGUGCAGUGAGCCGGCCGGAGCCCGCCCCGCCUCCCGCCUCGCCGCCGCCACGCCCACCCCGACCCUGCCGCAGGACAGCCGAGACCUGGCGGCCGCCCAGGACGCGGGCGAGAACCACGCAAGGUCAGCGGCCGCCGCGCGCGGAGAGCGCCCGGGUGCCGGAUGCGGCGGGGACGCCUGCGAACUCGCUGAAGGGAUCCUUGGAAUAUCCAGAAGUUGGUUCCAUCAUGGCAGAACUCAAGGUGGAGAUGCCGGCCUGUGUGGACUGGCAGAAACGCUGCCUAGCCCUGGAGACCCAGCUUUUCCGGUUCCGUCUACAGGCCAGCAAGAUACGGGAGCUGCUGGCUGACAAGAUGCAGGAGCUGGAGCAGAGGCUGUUGGAGGCAGAGCAGAGAGCAGAGAAUGCAGAGACCCAGGUGGGUGUCAUGGAAGAGAAGGUAAAACUGUCCAAUCUGAAGAAUGUAGACUCAGCUGGCAGCCUGCACCGGAAAUACCAAGAAUUGCUGAAGGCCGUGCAGGGCAAAGAUGAGCUCAUCAGCCAGCUGGAGGCACAGCUGGAGAAGCAGAAGCAGAUGAGAGCUGAGGAAGCAAAAAUUAUUCAAGAGAAAGCUGCAAAGAUCAAGGAAUGGGUGACACUAAAGUUAGCAGAGCUUGAGAUGGAGAAUCAGCAUCUGAAAAGCUGCAAUCAGUGCCUAGUGGACAAGGUGGGAGCCCUUCAAAAUGCACUGGAAGCUCUUCGGAUGGCACCUUCUGGGAAGCUGCUGGUGGCCCCCCAGGAAACACCAGAUCAGGAUUUUCUCACUUCUGAGCCAGGAACCCAGCCGACGGGGCAGGCCAGUAGUUCCCAAACCCAGGGUACCCUGAAGACGGCUGUGCCAGCACCUUCUCCAGGUGCCCUGCAGGACAAGGAGUCUCUUCCUGAAGCAGGAAGCCCCUUGGAGGACUCUAGCUCCAGCUUGGUCCGCCCUUGGGAAAUAGCAGAGGCCAGGACUCCUCCACCUUAUCUGGGAAGAGAGAGCUCUCCUGGCCCAGUGUGUGUGAAGCCUCACACUCCUGGAUGUGGUUCAGCUUCCUGGGGUGAGGGCCUGGUCAGUGCUCGGGGUACGCUGCCCCCUGGGAGGAAGAUCUCUGGCCCUGGCAGCAGCCUGACCUUACCGAAGGUGCGGGCUCCUGGCACCACCCGGGACAGCAUCCAGCUGGCCAAGCGGCACCACAGCCAGCCCCAGGUAGGCCCUGGACACCUCAACCAUGUGGUGAACAUUGAGAUUGGGGCCCUCUCAGCUCUGCACCCCUCCGACCUUCCUCAAGGGGAGAACCGAGCUGAGCUCCAGGUAGAACCAGAGAAGAUGGAGAUGGAGGAGCUACCCCCAGCAGGGAGGAAGGAGGAAGGAGAGAGCCCAAAGGCCACCAGAGUUGAGCUGGAGGAUGUGGAUCUGGGAAACAAACCCCCUACACCACCCCUGCAUCGCUUUCCAUCCUGGGAGAGCCGUAUUUAUGCUGUGGCCACAUCGGGCAUGCAACUCUCGGAUGCAUCUCCCAGAAGUAAUGUCUCCUGCUGCGCCUCCAGCCCUCCUGCCCUUGCAUCCCCUGGGCCCUUCUCUGGACUUAUCUAUAAGAAUGUCACUGUGCCUGUCUACACAGCCCUGAAAGGGAGAGCCAUGCAGAUCAGCAACGUGCCCUUUGUGGACGAGUCCUCUGGGUCGGACGAUGAUUGCAGCUCUCAGGCAAGUUUCCGAACUUCAGUUCCCUGCUCGGAGUCCCGGAAGACCAGUGGACUGGGCAGCCCCCGAGCCAUCAAGAGAGGCGUCUCCAUGUCCUCGCUGAGCUCCGAGAGUGACUAUGCCAUCCCCCCGGAUGCCUGCUCUCUGGACAGUGACUACUCAGAGCCGGAGCACAAACUGCAGCGAACCUCAUCCUAUUCCACCGACGGGCUGGGCCUAGGCAGGGAGUCACUGGAGAAGUCGGGCUACCUGCUGAAAAUGGGGAGCCGGGUGAAGACAUGGAAGAGACGCUGGUUUGUCCUGAGACAGGGACAGAUUAUGUACUACAAGUCCCCGAAUGAUGUCAUCCGGAAACCUCAAGGUCAAGUGGAAUUGAACUCUCGUUGCCAACUUGUCCAGGGGGAGGGUGCACAGACAUUCCAGCUCAUCUCGGAGAAGAAAACCUACUACCUGAUGGCUGAUUCACCCAGCCUGCUGGAGGAGUGGAUCCGAGUUCUCCAGAGCCUGCUGAAGGUCCAAGCCACUGGGCCUCCAGCCCUGUCUCAGGGUGGCUCCAAGCCCACUGUGAAGGGCUGGCUGACUAAGGUAAAGCAUGGCCACUCCAAGCUGGUCUGGUGUGCUCUCAUUGGAAAAACCUUCUACUACUAUCGGAGCCAUGAGGACAAGCGACCCCUGGGCUGCGUGCCUGUGCAGGAUGCACGCAUAGAGGAAGUAGAUAGAUCCUGUGACUCAGAUGAGGACUAUGAGGCUGGAGGAACCAGGAGAUUGCUUUCUUCCCACUGCACCCUGGUGAUCUGUCCCCCUGAGCACAGCCCCACCUACCUCCUCAUUGGCACCAAGCAUGAAAAGGAUACGUGGCUUUACCACCUCACGGUGGCUACAGGUGGAAGCAGUGCCAAGGUGGGCACUGCCUAUGAGCAGCUUAUUGGAAAACUGAUGGAUGGUGAGGGAGACCCAGAUUCCCCACUCUGGAGGCACCCCAUGCUGUGCUAUAGCAAAGAUGGGCUGUACACCUCCCUCACCACCUUGCCCUCAGAGGCCCUGCAGACGGAGGCCCUGAAGCUCUUCAAGUCCUGCCAGCUCUUCAUCAACGUGCCUUUGGAAGCCACCUCAGUGGACUACCAUGUGUCCUUGGCCCAGACAGCACUGCAGGUCUGCCUGGUUCACCCUGAGCUGCAGAGUGAGAUCUACUGCCAGCUCAUGAAGCAGACCAGCUUCCGUCCACCCCAGAAGUACUCACUCGUGCAGUGCUGGCAGCUCCUGGCUCUAUGUGCCCCGCUCUUCCUGCCUCAGCAUCACUUCCUCUGGUACGUCAAACAGCAGCUCCAACGCCACGCAGAUCCCAGAAAUGAGACUGGCCAGUAUGCUACCUAUUGUCAGCGGGCAGUAGAGCGGACUCUGCAGACUGGGGAGCGGGAAGCCAGGCCAUCACGCAUGGAAGUGGUGUCCAUCUUGCUGCGUAACCCCUUCCACCAUUCCUUGCCCUUCAGCAUCCCCGUGCACUUUGCCAAUGGAACUUAUCAGGUGGUUGGUUUUGAUGGCUCCUCAACGGUUGAUGAGUUCCUCCAGCGGCUGAACCAGGAGACAGGCAUGAGAAAGUCAUCCCACAAUGGAUUUUCCCUCUUCACAGAUGAUCCUUCUGGCAGGGACCUGGAACACUGCCUGCAGGGGAGUGUCAAGAUUUGCGAUGCCAUCUCCAAGUGGGAACAAGCCCUGAAGGAGCUGCACCCUAGGAAAUCUGAGGGUGGCACACGCAUCGUGAAGCUGAUGUACAAGAACAGGCUGUACUUUCGGAGUCAAGUCAAAGGGGAGACAGAGCGAGAGCGGCUGCUGCUUGCCUCUCAGACUAGUGGAGAGAUAGUAGCAGGGAGGUUUCCUGUCAACAAGGAACUGGCUCUUGAGAUGGCUGCCCUGAUGGCCCAGGUAGAAUAUGGGGAUUUGGAGAGGCCUAACCUGCCAGGCCCUGAGGGCACACCCCCAGCCAAGGCUCAGCAUCUCCUCCAGCAGGUCCUAGACAAGUUCUACCCAAGACGCUACAGACACGGGGUUCCCCCUGACCAGCUGAGGCACCUGGCAGAUAUGCUGACAACAAAGUGGGCAGCGUUGCAAGGCUGCUCCCUUCCUGAGUGCAUCCGUAUCUACCUGACAGUGGCCCGGAAAUGGCCCUUCUUUGGUGCUAAGCUCUUUGCUGCCCAGCCUGCCCAGCUGUCUUCCAAGGAGAAUACUCUGGUGUGGAUUGCUGUGAAUGAGGAUGGCGUUAGCAUCCUGCACCACAACAAUAUGCAAGUGCAUGUCACUUACCCCUACUCUUCAGUGAUGACCUUUGGUGGCUGCCAGGAUGACUUCAUGCUUAUGAUUAGAUCCAUUCCAGACCAGAGCUCUGGAAAAAGUCGCAUUGAGAAGUUGAUCUUCCGGAUGGCUGCUCCCAAGAUUGCAGAGGCUUCCUUCAUCAUGGCCAGCUACAUGAACCACUGCUCUGCAACUGUGAGCCCACCCACCAAUGCACCUGCUGCUCACCAACUGUGGGAACUGGCUGGACAACAGUUCUUUGCUUCUGUUCCACCUGUUACUAGGGAGCCAACAUUACUGUAAAGAUUUCUCCUAACCCUUUCCCUACCACCACUGAUGCCUCUGGGAUUAGAUAUAUAUAUAUCCAGGGGUAUCUAUAUACUACUGUGAUGGGUCUAACUAUACCCCUCUUUGGUUUGCUCUGUGAAAUGUUUUGAGUAUUUCAGUGUUCAUGAAGCCUUCAUUCUUGGUGCCUUUAUGUUUCAGGGCCCAAUUUAAAAAAAUCCAGACUCAGUGAUAACCUUUCUUUUUUCCUACAAGAAUCUGGCUGCUACCAGAUUCUAGACAUAGACAGGGAUGGGCCACUGUUACUGAGGGCAUCAGUGCUGUAAGGCAGGGCUUUUGUACACUGAUACUCUCAGGGAGGCUAAUGUUUUUUAUAUUGUAUAUGGUUCAUACAUGGGGACUUUCCCAACAUCCUGGAACAGGACAGGACUCAACUUUCCAACUUAACCUGAACUCUUAACAAAAGCCUAAAACUGGACUUUCUUUCCAGAUGAGAAAGGUGUUGGCUUAAAGGGUUGACAGGGCUGGAGGAAAAAUAAUAGACUCACCCUUGCCCUUAACUGAUGAAUAGACAUACGCAGUGCUCUUUCAGAGGCAGCAGUUCCUCAAUAUGCUAUUGAAACUGUUCUCCCACACACUAGACUGUAAGCCAAACACAGUACCACACAGUCCAAGCAAGGGAAGGGGUGGGUCCAAUCUAACCUUUCCCUGUCUCAUUUUAGUGAUUGGACAGGACUCAGUGAAGGUUGUGCUCAUUACUGUAGGACAAGGUGGCUAUCAUUCAUUUCCCUGUUCUUUGGAAAAACAAAGCAAAUGUGCUCUGCUUUUUGCUGAACUGUGAGGCCACUGAAGAUAAGUCAGGAACACAGAGGACCCCUCCAGGUUCUUGAGCUGGGAUUUGCUCCUUAAGACUUCUGGCAAACUUCUGCUAGGAAUUAGUUUGAGGGCAGAAGGCACAUAUGUGCUAUCUGUUCCAGCCUAACAGCAUCAAGUGAAAAACAUGGAAAAUUUCUUCCACCUUUGUCUUCCUGAUGACACCAAUAUCCACUCCCCCACCUCCAACCCCUACCUUCUAAUUGAGAGGGGAGGAAAUGAUCCUUGUCUUCACCCUCCCUUAAUAGAAAAAAAACAAACAAAAAGAGUUCAGACUAUUUAUUUUCCAACAACUGGGAAACUGAGCUUUAUUUCAUAGCUCUAAGGCAAUCUUGCCAUUUGUCAGUAAAGUGCUGAAAACUGGAUGACUUUAGCAUUAUCAUCCAAGAACCAAGCCUUUCACCCCAACAAUGUGUUUCUUGCAGAAUGCCAAAUUGCAAGGCUGGACUAGUUUAUCUGAACAUCUCAGCUGCUGACUCUUUAAACUGUUCACCUUUGUUCACUCUUUAAACUGACAAGCAUGAUGAAAAAAGCACAUCAGAACCUCUAUCUCUCUUAAAUGAAUUAGACUUUGCAAGACAGGCAGAUUUCCAGCCAUCUCACAUUUCCAUUCCAGCCUCCUCCCCUCAGGAUUUGGGGAUCUAGCUGAGAUAUUUCUACCUCGAACAAAUCACCAUGUACCACAGGCUCCUGGAUAAUUGUUUCUCUAGGGCUGAUGCAAAAGGCAGUGAUUACAGCUCUGAUUUUAUAAUAUCUUGACUAUCUCUAGGGCCAAUGAGGAUAGUAUUAUCUGCCUGAGAAUUAAAAAAAAAAAAAAUUAAAAAUUAAAAAUAAGUUAGUGUUCCAAGAAUAAGCAAGAACAGAGCUGUUUUCAUAGUGAAUUUGGGGGUCAAGCUAUUUUCCCCACCCUCUCUCCUUCCAACUCAUCAGGAAUCUUUCCUUAUUAAUUUUACAGAGAAGCAGCUGCCUUUAAACAAAGGCUUCUGUAACAGUUUGCUUGUUAAUCCUUCUUUAACAUGAGAGUUCAGUGUCUGGAAACCACAGUCAAAUUUCUUUGGGCCUUCUGUCUCAUCUGUCUUAGCAAAAAAAAGCUUUUGAAACCAUAGACAAUGCUGAGUGUAACAGAAGAUUAUUAAUGUGCCUGACACCCAUGACUGAAAUGCCAUGAUCAUCAUGUUUGUCAAUAAAAAGCAGCUGACUGUUAA